AUGGGUGCUUCCGGAGGAGCUUCCGAGGCGGGGGCGCCGGCGAAGGCCGAAAAAGGCCCCGUCCGGGAUUUGGCGAAAGCACAGCCGCUGACCGUGGCGUGCACCCCGACCAGCUCCAUCCCGCUCACCGUCGCGGACCUCAAUGCGCUGAUUCGGCGGGAGCUGAGCGGCCAAGACGUCCAGUACUGGAUCGACCUCGCCACCCUCUUCGAGGGCGUCCUCGGCUGGGAGCUGUCGUGCGCCAAGCGGGACCUCCUGCAGAAGCUCGAGCUCCUCCUUUCCGCGGGGAACGACCGCCCCAUUUUCACCACGGGGGAGUUCGACUACCACGACAGCGCCUUCAUGGACAAGCUCGAACAGGACUUUCUGGAGGAGCUGGUCGGGGUGCUCGACAUCUGCGGGUACCGCGGGGUGACGCAGCGGGCGUGGGAGCUCGCGGGCGAGGAGGAGUUCCUCUUCGCGCUCCCGCUCAAGGUCGAGUACAGCACCCUGGACGACAGGCUGCUGUCGACGUUCUGGAACCGCAGGCCCAAGGAGCGGGCGCAGCUGGCCGAGUUCUUCGACCGCGUGAUGGUGUUCUACCGCGGCGUCGGCGAGCUGCGCACGACGGGGCGCUUCAUCCCCGAGAAGACGGAGCUGCUGCUGGACUACAUCGUCUGGAGCCCGCUGCGCGCCAUCGGGCGCGUGCUCACGCUGCGCUGGGGCGCCGACGACGAGCCGAACCUCGCGCACCUCGAGCCGCACUCGACGGCGGUGCGGUACGUGGUCCGCCGGACGCUGCGCCGCACCCUGACGUCAGCGGGCCAGGUCCUCAAGCACCUCUUCCGAGAGGUGGAAAUCACGGAGCCCGCGUUCGAGUCCGUGGUGACGGUGUACCGCCGGAAGUUCCCGACGGAGGACCAGGCGGUCACCGGGGCGUUCACGCCCGCGGUGUUCAUAUCGGGCGAGAAGCCCCCGCAGCCCAAGGGGCCCAGCGAGAAGGCCACGUACGGCCGGCUGGGCGAGAAGUCGUACCGCGGGGGGGAGGCCGCGGCGCAGGCGGCCGCGACGAAGAUCCAGGCGGCGUACCGCGGGACGGUCGCGCGGCGCGACACGCUCAAGCUGAAGCGCGCGAAGCUCAAGGGCGAGCGCGUGACGCACCUCCCGUUCACGCGCAACCUGUACGUGAAGCGCUUCCGCGAGAUCCCGAUGGCGGACCUCGAGAUGGUCAUGCCGGACAAGAAGGUCACGGUCUCGAAGCUGCGGCUCCUGCAGUUCGUCGUCACGACGCUCGUGGCUGUCGGCGGCGCGGCGUGGACGCUGCUCAACACGGACGUGGACCGGAGCGUCGUGCUGACGGUGCUCGGGGCCGUCCUCGGGCGCGUGUACAUGCAGUACACGCUCGUGCAGCGCGAGAUCCGCGACUCGACGCACGUGAUGUCCACCCUCAUGUACACGCACACCAUGGACUCCGGGAAGGGCACGCUGCACGCGCUCAUGGAGGAGAACCAGUCGCAGAUGAUGAAGGAGAUCCUCCUGACGUACCACGCGCUCCGCACCGCGCGCCGCCCGCUCACGGAGAAGGAGCUCGACCUGCGCGUCGAGGAGUUUGCCAGCACCACGCUCGGGAUGGACAUCGACUUCCAGCCCGAGCGCGCGAUCGCGUUCCUGGAGAGCGAGAACCUCGUGGCGCGCACGGCCGACAAGCUCGCCGUCACCGGCGAACUCCUGGACGCCUGCCACACCAUGGACAAGCGAAUGGACGGCAUCUUCGAUUUCAGCGGGGAGGUCGAGGCGCGCGAAAGGACCGAGGCCGGCGGCGCGCAGGGCCCCUCGGCGAGCAAGGGCGGGUCCAAGGAGAAGGCCAUGUCGCGGAACGGCACGGCGAACUACGAGCGGAGUCGCCUGCUCAGCGAGUCGUCGUCGCCGUCGCGCGGGACGGGGCUGAGGCGGUGGGACUUGUCGGCGAGGCCGUCGAACCGGAUGCGGUUCGAGAGCGAGGCCGGGGCGGUCGAGGGGUCGCAGAUGAGCGCUGAGAACUCGAUGAAGCUGCGCCGCGUCGCGGGGUCGCAGCUGCACACGAUCGACGACGGCAGCGGCAACUUGGCGGCGCCGAGCCCGCGGAAGCGCCGGGGGUUCUUCCGCGCCAAGUCGAAGGCGGAGUGA